AGAAACGCGAAUAGAUUUAGAAUUAAAAGACUAACUUUAAAAAAGGGGGAUAGCGCCUAUUUCCUUUAUUAUAAUAUUAGAAUAAAACGACUAAAUAAUAAAUUAAAUUAUAAAAAACUUAGACCUUUUAAAAUUAUUAAAAGAAUCUUACCCGUUAAUUAUAAAUUAAAACUCUUAAAUAUAAUAAAGUAUUAUUUAGUCUUUUAUAUUUUACUUUCUAAACUAAUAUUUAAAAGUUUAUAUAUAGAAAAUUGUAUUAUUAUAAAACUAAACGAACUAGAAUAUAAAGUCGAAAGGAUUAUCGACUAUAGAAUUAAAAAUAAAAUAUAA